AUUCCAUUCGUAGUCACUCAAAUUAGUCCAACCGUUCAUGUUUGGUCACUUUCUGUUAGUCUCCGUUAGUUUUAUCUGACGUGGCAGUCAACUCUGAGAGUUGACCGUUAAAUAAGUGACGUGUCAAUUAAAAAAUUAAUAAAAUAAUAAAUUUUAAUCUUUCACAAAUUCCACCUCAUUAUUAGAAUAAAUUUAAAAAUAUAUAAAGCAAAUAAUUAUUCCUUUUUCAUUCUUCUCCCCAGAUGCCAACCCUACCACUACUCCGCUGCUGCAACUCAGCCGCGAGUCCAGCCGGAACUCCUCGUCGGCUUCUCAGGCAAGGAGGAGGAUGCUCAGUAGGGAGAGGGACCAGCGCUCCGGGAGCAGAGAGAGAGGUCCUGGCGGCAGCGGGAAUGGAAAGCGAGUUAAUUAGUAGAUCGCCCGGGAGAAGAUCUGACUGCUUCUUGAGUACGGGGCCAUGGCGGCCACCUCUCUUUGAAUUGAGGAAGACCACCAUGGGGCAUUGCAACGCGCCGGCGCGUCCUCGGGGAUUUUCUUUUUGGCGCUAUUGUGGUAGCGCCUCGUCUUUUGACCUAAUCGCGUCGACCACUGCCUGCUGGAGGUAUUCCGACAUGACGCGCUCCUUCCUCAGAACUUCCUUGUCGGUAUAGACCCUCGAAAGGCCGCACCCAAGGAGCGAAUUGAUCAUCUUGACGCUACAAUCCUCGUCAUCGCCGACGAAUCCACUGCCGCCAUUGACGAUUCCACCGCCACUGUCGAAGUCGUCGUUGAAGUUGAAGUUGGUGAGUCCAUAUCUCCCUCUCUCUUUCUGCCCUCAUCUCUCUCUCACUUGCUUCUAUUAUUGGCGGCGGUGCAGGGUGCGCGCCUGCGCGGGCGGCGGACGCCCCCAAAAGCGAAUAUAGCCGAAUGGAGGAAAUAUGUAUUUAUUUGUUUAUUUUAUUAUUUUAAUAAUGAGGUGGAAUUUGUGAAAGAUUAAAAUUUAUUAUUUUAU